GCCUUCUUCUUCUUCUUCUUCUCCUCCUCCUCCUCCUCCUUCUUCUUCUUCUUCUGAGCUACUUCUUUGCUCGGUGUUGAGUUGAACGGAGUUGCUUGUGCCACUUCUCUCCAGAUGAGUUUCGCCGAGUUUACAUCCGGGUUUUUCCCUAGGCAAUGGAAGUCGCAGUACCACUGUUCCCUAGGCAAAGUGAAAUAAAUUCGCCGCACCGUCACAAAAAGUAGUUCUGUUUUAAAACACCUUUCGCUUUCACUUUAGCCCACGGAUCUGACUAACAGCCGUGACUUUAACAUUCUCCUGUUCAACAUAAAGCGAUUGAAGGCAAAAUGAAGCUAAAUCGACGCGUUGUUCGUGGAGUUUGAACAGCCCCUUCGUCUCCCUCUUCCUGCGCGCAUUGAUCGUUUUUGUGCUGCGGUCGUGGUGAAUGAGAUUGAAGAAGAGUUCUUGUUUUGUAUCUCAGUUUCUCUCUUUUUUUUUAACGCACAAAUUAAAUUUAAGCAAACAAACAUAAGAUUGGAUCGUCCGACUAAAUCCAUGUUUGUGUAUCGCUACAGUUAUGUAAGGGAUCGUUUUAGGGGGUUGUUUGCCGAGAUAUUUUGGGGUGUUUGUAAAUAUUUAUUUAAAUAAUUUGUCAGAAGGACUACUGCUCAAGUGAAGAGUGCAGGGGAGUUGGAGAGUGAGUGGACACCAGUCUCAUUGCCAGCUGGCUGAAAAAUUCCUGGGACUGACUUGCUGGCGAACUGGACCAAUGAUGGAAUUACAGACAUUACAGGAGGCCCUGAAAGUGGAAAUACAAGUCCAUCAGAAACUGGUUGCACAAAUGAAGCAGGACCCACAGAAUGCUGAUCUGAAGAAGCAGCUUCAUGAACUUCAGGCCAAGAUCACUGCUCUGAGUGAGAAACAGAAAAAGGUAGUGGAACAGCUGAGGAAGGAGCUGUUGGUGAAGCAGGAGCCGGAGCUGAAGCUGCAGACGGUGCAGGCAGCGGCAGACGGUAAAGCCAUGAUACUGUCACCCUCCUGUCAGCCUCAACAGCAGCCCACAGGACCUCCUCACAACAAGGCAGCUCCACAGAAGACUCUGCAAGUCACGCCGGUCAUCACCACGAAGACUCUACCUCUAGUACUGAAAGCUGCUGCCUCCACCAUGCCUGCUUCCAUGACAACGCCACGCCCCACAGUUGCCAUGGUCACUGCCAUCAGCAAUCCCCCCAGACCUGCCUUGACCCCUGACUCCCGCAAUGCACCAGUGAACCUUCAGUUGUCCAGCAAACUGACCAGUCAGGACACCGAGGCCGCAUCACGAGUCGUGCCGAAGAACGUUAUCGUAGUGCAGGCCAGCACCACCUCGGCUCAGCCUAUCAAAGUUCCCCAGUUUGUCCCUCCUCCUAGACUGACGCCUCGACCCACCUUUCUGCCACAGGUGCGCCCGAAACCUGCUACUCCCAACAACGUGCCCAUCGCCCCUGCUCCUCCCCCCCCCAUGAUGGCCGCGCCACAGCUGCUCCAGAGACCAGUCAUGCUUACUACCAAGUUAACAUCAGCGCUACCCACCUCAGCAGGUCCCAUCCAUCAAGUGCGCAUUGUCAACGGCCAGCCCUGCACCAUCCCCAAAACCAUCUCUUCUACAGGAGCCAGCACAGGCCAAGUGACGGGCAUCGUUAUCAGUGGCCCGAUGCAGACGCUGCAGAUCAGCAGCUUAAACGCAGACAUAAAGACUGUGAAAUCUCAGGGGGCUUCAGAGCAGGUGCUCACAAGCACCCCUUCUUCAGCGUCUCCUCCUCUUUCUCCACCCAAGGUUAAACGAGAGGAGAAUCCACAGAAACUUGCCUUCAUGGUGUCUCUUGGGUUGGUCACACAUGACCAUCUAGAAGAGAUUCAGAGCCGAAGGCAGGAACGGAAAAGGAGAACAACAGCCAAUCCUGUGUACAGUGGAGCAGUAUUUGAGCCAGAGAGGAAAAAGAGUGCCGUCACCUAUCUCAACACUCCCCUCCAUCAAGGAACGAGGAAGAGAGGUCGCCCACCCAAAUACAGCAGCAGUGCAUCAGGGCCAGAGCUGGGCUGCCACCCCCUGCUCUCCCCAUCCAGCAGUCACCCCGCUUCCCCAGCCGCCGAGCGGCCUGAACUCGGGGGCUUCCCCCUCCCCGUCCAUCCCCACUCUCUCCCUCAGCCCAGCCCCAGCUCCGGGGAUGGAGACAUCCAUGAGGAUUUCUGCACUGUGUGCAGACGUAGUGGCCAGUUGCUCAUGUGCGACACGUGCUCACGCGUCUACCACCUCGACUGCCUGGACCCGCCCCUCAAAAAUAUUCCUAAAGGCAUGUGGAUCUGUCCCAAAUGUAAAGACCAGAUACUGAAAAAAGAGGAGGCCAUUCCGUGGCCCGGGACCCUGGCGAUUGUACAUUCCUACAUUGCAUAUAAAGAAGCGAAAGAAGAAGAAAAGCAGAAACUGAUGAAGUGGAGUACUGAGCUCAAACUACAGCGAGAGCAACUGGAACAAAGAGUCAAGCAGCUCAGUAACUCUAUAACGAAAUGCAUGGAGACCAAGAACAGCAUCCUGGCACGGCAGAAGGAAAUGCAGUCCUCGCUUGAGAAAGUGAAACACCUGGUGCGCCUCAUCCACAGCUUUAACCUUUCUCAGACUGUAGAGGUUGGCGCAAACCAGGAGGACAACCCUGAGGACAAGACUGAUGGCUGCCCAGAGCCCAAGGGUACAGUACAUUCAUGUGCCAAGCCCUCAGGGUCUGAGCAGAACUCUGCCCAAGUUGGUGCGCAGGUCCCUGCUGCUGGCACGGUGCCCAAGGUGCAAGCUGAGCCUGAGGUGGGCGAGAUGGCCGACUCAGCCGCCGCUGUCACUCCAGAGGCAGAGCCGAAAGAAUCAGGAGUCACACAGGCCAGUAACACAGCGGUCAGCGACGACAUGGACACAGUGAAGACUGUGAAGCCAAUGGAGGUUACAGAGGUCAAAGAGAAUGGCGGGACGGACUCUCAGAGCCCUGGAGAGGUGGGAGAGAGUCCUGUGACCAUAACAAACUCUGAAAAUACAACUCCCAAUGCCAGCAACAGCGAAGAGGCAGUCAAGAUGGACGUAGAGGACCUGGACCACAGCAAGAACACCAACAAUGGAAAAAUCUUAGAACCCUCGCAACAGCUUUUGCCAGUGGCACUCAACAGCGUGGACAUCUCCAAAUGAGUCUUAUCCCAGUCGACUCAACUAAGUAUACCUCUCCUUCUCCCAAACAUUUAAAAACAACUUUUAUUGCAUCCAGCACCGGUGCACCAAGUUGCCAAUCUAUAUAUUAUACAUAUAUAUGUGCAUUUUAAUUUUUUUUUUUUUUUUUCCAGUGUAAGGUGAGACUGUCAACAGUGCUUCUACAUCCAAGGUGAAUUAGUCAUGAAUAUGCCCAACGAAGAUUGUAGAAAGGUGCUUAUAACACAGUGUCAUACCAAUUAGUGGACUGUUUUAAAAAAUAAAUGAAAACAAGACCGAAUUAAAUUAAUAAUGAAGGAGGAGGAUAAUUGAAUAUAUCUCAUCACACCAGUGUGUGCCUGCAACAGUUGCCCUUGAAACUCAUGGGGAUUGUUUAAGUUGUCUUAGUUUCCUUUUCUCUGGGAAGAGGGUGGCAGGUCACACAUGUCCAAAGACUGCAUGCUCUGUCCACCCUCGUCGUGUCCCCCAGCCAGGUCUGAGAGGACCCUUCCUAAACCAAAAGCUUCUUGUUCUGAGCUGGACAAGUUGCAUCAGUAUUCGCCAGCGGCAGGAAGCGCCGAGGCUUCUGAAGUCACAGGCAUUUGUUAGACUGAAUCAGAACUAUCAAAUGCCGAUCUCUCCAUCCUGUUUUCAUUUCAUACGAGCUGUAGAACGUGAAUGAUAUGGCUAAAAAGAAGACCCAUAUCGAGUCCGCCUCAGACUAAACAUCAGAAGAGAAUAACGUGUAGUUGGUGUGACGAAACGCAACUGCAUCUCUUGGUAGCAGCAUCUGACAAGUACGAAAAAGAUGCUGCUCUUCUGUAGUGAGUCUUUACUGUACCCGUGUGUGACACAUUGCAGGCUUACUGUGUUGAGGGGGAAAAAAAGGUGUCCAUGUCUGAGGAGUAUUUUGUCUUUUUGUUAAUAGCAAAAUGUAUUCAGGUCUUCCUAGUCUUCACACAAAAAUAAGUGCUUUUCUGUUUCUUAAAACAGUAAUUUGCUAUCAGAGGUGUUAAAAUGGCAUUGUUUAUGCAAGGAGCUCUUUGUUGCAAGCAGAAGGGCAUUGCAUAAUGAGUGUUUUAUUUUUUAUUAUUCUAAACUGCCAAAUUUUUUUUUUCCUACAUCCAGAAUAUAGAUGUUAGCAUAUUUUAAGUCUAGUCUAGAAAACAGCAAAUACGUUAACACUCCUUUCUUCCUUCCCCUGAAUCGUCCUGUAUGGUAAACAUACAUAAACAACAAUAAUGCUUCACAAUUUGCUGUCUUAAACUUGAGGGUUUGAUGUUUGAGCCAAAUUUAGUAAUAAGACAAAGACAGAAAACCCUGGAUUUAAAGCACAAGCUUUAUUUAAAAUAACUAAAGCAAACGCCCUGACUUCUUGAAAGACUUCAAGUAAAGCAAAGCUUAGGAAAGUGAGUUUUGCCCAUUUGUUAAUUACCUUUAUGCUUGCCAACAUAUUUUUGUUCCAAGGAUGUGUAAUGAAGCUGUGCUGCUUAUUCACCCGCAAGUGGAGGCAUCUUCUGUCAAACUUUGUACCAGUUCAUUUUGAGCCUUUCUUUCCACCUUCCCUAAGACCAAAACAUCAGAUGCACGUUUGCCCAGUUACCUCUUCUACAUUGACUCCUACCCUUUUUUUUUUCCUUUUUUUUUUCCUUUUUUUUUUUUUUUUUGCAUUCAUUUGUACAUUGCACUGGGGUAAAUCAUGUCUUAAUGGUACUGCACAGCUGGCACCUCGAACAUGUUUACAUCGCCUCUUUCCAAAUUGACAUAUCUUCAUCUGUACUAUGUUGACAGAUCAUUAGUCUAUUACUGAACAAUAAAUAUCAAACUUUAUUCAUUAUACCAUGUAAAUUAUAUUGCACAAUUACUGCUGUUUGCAGGGCAAAACAGGCCUCGUGAUUUCAGACUGUUUCAUUAAGAUGUAACCAAACUAACCUAGUGUACUUUGUAUUAGGAGGUGGACAGACAAAAAAUUUGUCCAGUCAGAGUCAUUGCUUUCGUUGGAAGCAUGCUGCAGUUCCUUUUGCAUGAAUGUGAAACGCGAAUCAGCUCUCGGCAUUCCUUUAUACUUCUGUUACUGAGCUCGGACUAGCAAGCAGGAUGAUAACUCUUCAUAUCUUGGCUGUUAUUAUUAUAAUCUAAAAUCAAAUAAUCUGAAAGGACAUUUUAUGGCCUUCUGAAACCCUUCACUGUCUAGUGCAUCAUGAGGGUGAGAGGGUUUUUACUUAAAACACCUCCAUUCCUUCCUGUACAGGUGCCCUAGAGUGCCUUUAUUACAUUAUCUCCCAAUAUAGUUCCUGUCCUGCGUUAGUUAUAUUACCACAGCUCUGUCAUUCACUCUCUCAGACCCUUGCGUGUUGCGUCCUUAAAGUAGAAGCACAGCCACAAGUUGUGAUUUUAUUGGGCAAAAGUAAAAUUGGGUGUACUAAUGGUGGUGUUAAUUGUGUGAUUGUCUGGUUUUCUCUGGCUGUCUGUGGUUGAUGUAGAUGUUUCACACACUCCCUUUUAAAAUGGAAGCUUAAAGAGCUUAAUGUUCAGGUUAAGGAGUUGCCUUAAUAGGUGUUUUUAAGUUUUGUGAAACACCCAUAACAAAAGUGUAUUUAUCAUAGUAAUUGCACAAGUUUAAAAAAAAAUGUCUGUAAAGAAACCAAGAUUCUUCUAUUGUGGCAAAAUUAGUCCUGUUUAGUGCUCAAGUCUGACUUGUUGAGUAUGAUCAUUUUUAUUGGCAUAAGCAAUUUUAAGCAGGGGUAAAAAAAAACAAAAAAAAAAAACAAAUAAGACAGACGUGAGUAGGGAUCAUUUUUUAAUUCUAUUGUUUAUGCACUUUCAGCAGUGAUACCAUUAGUAUUAAAGGUACACCAAGGAAUAUUUUUAGUCAUUUGGCUUAGUAUACCAUCAGAGUAGGACGUAACCUCCCAAGCCGUUCACUUAUCACCUUGUACUAGUCCAUACAUUCUGCUGUAAUGUAGUAGAGCCUCUUCGCUGAGGUUUAGUGAGUAUGUUUCUGUUCACUAGCUGGGACUGUUUAAAUAUUAUCUUCUUAUUAACAACUUAAUACACCUAAUUCUUUUUCUAUCACAGAAGUAAAUGACGUUUAUCAGGUAAUCAAACUUCAGCCUAGGCUUAGGCAGCUUAGGAACGAUCAAAGAACAUCUGCAAGCUGACUGCAUUGACUUAACAAAACCACCGAAAACACCACAUGACCAAUCAGUUCAAUAGCAAACGCCACUUUCUUAUGCAAGUUUUUUUUUUUUAAAUAGAAAUGUUUUGAAUAUGCAUUUAGCUUCGAGUUUAAUUUGUAGGAUUUUUAUGCAGAACUAUUUUGUUACUUUCCAUUGAACAUUGCUGGCAGCGAGAUUUUAAAACAAACAAAAAAAAAGUACAUGCAUGCUGUGCGUCUAUAAAAAGAAGUUUUUAUUGAUGAACAAAUACACUUUCGUUGUGGCAUUUCUGGUAUCUCUGGCACAUGGUUAAGUAAAUAAUCAGUCAAACACUGUAUCGGUUACAUGCAGGAAUAAUCAGAAUGCCACCAACCUUGUCGCUUGUACUAAUGUAGAGUAUUUCAUCUCAUGGUUAAUGGACCAUUUGUUUUUAAUUCAGUCCUGUCUUUCGUAUGUGUACCAUGCUGAAUUAUAGAUAGUUUAGAUUUUUGGGAGUGAUGGGUGACCGAAGAAAAUGUCUUACUGGCGUAAAGUUGUGGUGUAAGAGCCCCGCGUUCACGUUCUAUAGUCAGAAUACCCAAAGAGACUGCAAAUGUGCAUUUUGCUAUGAGGAAGCCUUUUAUGAUUUAAAUACAUAUCACUGUCGAUUUCUCUUAUGGCUAACAGCUUACAGCAUUAUGUUGAACCUUCAUUUUUGCAGACUUUUGGGUUUGUUUGUUUUUUUUUAAAUAGUCAUUCUUCAGUGCACUGUAAUUUGGGGUUUACAAUAUUGGAGAAGUGAGAGAAUGGGGACUACAUUUAUGCAUAUAUGGGAACACUGAUUACAGAUUCAUUCCAGAUGUACAUCUCAUUAACCUGCUACUUUUUAGCUCAUCCAUAUUCACACAUGUGCAUUAUAAUUCCCUCUGACAUGUUAGUUUUAAGUUGUUGGGUUUUUUUUUUUCUUCUUUUCUUUAUACUCAGUCAUGAUCGUGGCCUUCUAGUAUUGUUGAUGCAUUUCAUUAUACAGUAACUUCCCUGGUAUUGUACAUCUCCUGUCUAUGUGUGUGUGUGUGUGUGUGUGUGUGUGUCUGUGUGUGUGUGUGUGUGUGUCUUUUACCUCAUCCGCAGUCAACUCUUAAAUUGGAGUACUUUUGUUUACGCGUGCAAAAAAAAAAAAGAAGAAAAAAGGAAAAAAAAAAAAUCUUCCACUAAAGAAACACAAGAUGCAUUGUAGCGAUUUGAGUAAUUACAAAACGUUCACCUGGUGUGCUGAACUAUGUGUAAAUUGUUUAUUACACAAUAUAAAUAUUUGUAAAAUUGUUUGUAUUUUUCAUAAUGGUUUUAAAAAGGAGUGUGUUUAUUUUUAUGAAUUCUUUCUGUUACAGAACUCUUGCUUUGUCUUUUUCGCCUGACAUUGUGAGUGAAUUGGUUGGUUCUCUUACCUCUCUCAUGUAUUUGAGCCUGUGCUGAUUUGUUUGUAUGCAGUGUUUAGAAAUACUGUAGGGAACGUGAGACAAAAUUGAUAUUAGGAGCAAUUGAUCAAUUUGUAUUUAUUUAUUUUAUCAUUUUGUUAAUAAAUUUACCAAGAAACUUGGUCUGCUACAUA